GCUGACGUUACUUUACAAGCCUUCAAGUUAGCUUAUGCUGCUACCUAGCUGGAUAUCCCGCGAAGAGGCUGUUCCUGUCACCGCCCAUCUUAGAUCUUACCCGCCAAAUAAUCGUAGUAAUGCCCUUCUCGUUAGUUUAUCCUGUUAGUUGUAUGUUGUCAAGCUUCGCCAGUAACAGUACUUUGCCAGUAACGAUAUUUAGAAGGACUGCGAUCACCCCCUAUCUGUUCAUCGUUUGCUAGCAAGACUUCCUCACCCUACGCCUCCCUUUAUCCUGCCGCCUCGGCCAUACUGACACUAUAGACUUAACCGCCUAAAGCAGCAUUUACCUUUAGAAUUUAAAUCAUGGAUAAAACGGAGCUUAUUCAGAAGGCAAAGUUGGCCGAACAGGCCGAGCGUUACGACGACAUGGCUGCGUCUAUGAAGGAGGUGACAGAGAUGGGAGCCGAGCUGUCCAACGAGGAGAGGAACCUGCUGUCUGUAGCCUACAAGAACGUGGUCGGGGCACGGAGAUCCGCAUGGAGGGUCAUCUCCAGCAUCGAGCAGAAGACCGAGGGUAACGACAAAAAGCUGGCGAUGGUUAAGGAGUACCGGGAGAAAGUGGAGACAGAGCUUAGAGAGAUCUGCAACGACGUAUUGGAACUGCUGAGCAAAUAUUUAAUCGAGAACUCUACGCAGGCGGAAAGCAAAGUCUUCUAUCUGAAGAUGAAGGGAGACUACUUCAGAUACCUGGCUGAAGUCGCCGCAGGAGAGGACAGGAAAGCAACCAUAGAGAACUCUCAGGAAGCCUAUCAGCAGGCCUUCGACAUCAGCAAGAAGGAGAUGCAGCCAACGCACCCCAUCCGCCUGGGCCUGGCCCUCAACUUCUCCGUCUUCUUCUACGAGAUCCUCAACUCCCCAGAGCAGGCCUGCUCACUGGCCAAACAGGCUUUUGAUGAGGCCAUUGCAGAGCUUGACACACUCAACGAGGAAUCCUACAAAGACAGCACUCUCAUCAUGCAGCUGCUUAGAGACAAUCUGACAUUAUGGACCUCUGACAACGCAACUGAUGAAGCAGAGGUCGCUGACGCCGGAGAGAACUAAAACCUCUUCCUCACCAGAGUUCAUCUCUCCCAUCAAGAGGAAACAAAAGAAGAAGAAGAAGAAGAAAAAAAAAACCUUUUUACACAUCUCCAUUCCUUAUCGCUCCAUUUAAAAAAAAAAAAAAAAAAUAUUAU